AUGUCAACAGCUACCUUAGUUACUUUUAUACGACAUGGAGGGUCUCAGGUGAGAAGAGGAGUUUUGCUGUCGUCUUGCGUUCUGCAAGGUAACCCGCGCAUUACUCCAGUCAAGCAGUGCUCUACCACCAACCGUAGAUCUUUUUCAUCAAGGUUUGACCCAGACGGAAGUGGCCGGCCGGCUACCUGGGACUCUUUUGGGAUUUGGGACAAUCGCAUUGAUGAGCCUAUUCAGCUCCCAACCAGUAUAAAGUAUGGCAAGUUGAUUCCACAAAUUAACCUCUCCAGAGUUGGUUGUUCCACUCAGUUGGGAAAGAGGAAGGAAAAUGAGGACCGAUUCAAUUUUGCUCGACUCACAGAGGAUGUCUUAUACUUUGCUGUAUAUGAUGGACAUGGUGGGGCUGCUGCCGCUGAUUUCUGUGAUCGGUUUAUGGAGAAGUACAUUAAGUAAGUGCAGGUUUGCUGGCUAAUGUAUACAAAAUGAUUCAUUGACUUCAACUGUUACUCCUGAUCAAAAAUGACUUUGGUUCCAAGGGCCUGUUACGUUUAGAGGGGUACUGUAGGCACUAAAACAAUUUAGUUUAUUGAAGCAGUUUUAGUUUACAGAUAAUGCUGCUGCAGUUUCAUUUAGGCGUUAAAUCGCUUUUGUUUUCGUUUAUGCAGCCCUAGCCACAACACACUUGGCUGUGACUCACACAGCUUGCAUGAAAAGAAGAUGGCUUCAUUUUCAGUCAGAUGCAAUUUUUAUCUCCUGCUCUGUAAAUUGAACUUUAAUCACACACCGGAAGCUCCUGCAGGUUCUAGAAGGCUAUUAACAGUGCAGGAUAUCAUAAAUUCUAAAUUAAACAGAAUGUGCAAUAAAGGAAGUGUAAACAUGAAGGUUGUAUAGGCCACGUGCAGGGAGAUUUGACUAGGGCUGUGUCAACAGAAACAAGUGAUUUAACCCCUUAAGGACCGAGGAUGGUUCAGGACCAUCAUCGGCAUUUUAGCGUUGCCGACGGUGACGGUCCAGAACCGUCCUAACUGUGUAAUGUACUUACCAGAUCGCCGCCAGGGGUGCUCCCGAUGUGGGGAGAUUGCCUGCAGCCCAGGCAGUCUCCCCAUGGUGGAUUUGGACCCCUGGGGCCAUGUGAUUGCUCAACAGAGCAAUCAAAUGGUCACAAUAGGUGUCUGUGUCUGCCUGCAGGGGGACUGCCUGUGCUGACAGGCAGUCUUCCUGCUAGUGUAAAAUCAUAAAAAAUAAAUAAAUAAAGGUUAAUGUUUAAAAAUAAUACGAAAUAUAAAUGUCCAUAUACAAAAUUACAUAAAUAAUUAUAUAAAUAUACACGUAGACUUCAAAUAUAUAAAUAUGCAUAUAUAUUUAAAUUCUACGUGCAUCUUUAUGUAAUAUUUUUACAUAAUGUAAUUUUAUUGAUUGCAAUUUGUGGGACCUGCCUGCCAACCCAGGCCGAAAGUCAAGAGAAUUUAAUUUGCUAGCACUGUAUUUUAACUUGUAACGUUCUGACACCCUAAAACCUUUACAUGGAGGGUACUGUUUUACUCGGGAGACUUCGCUGAACACAAAUAUUAGUGAUUCAAAACAGUAAAACCUAUCACAGCGAUGAUAUUGUCAGUGAAAGUGACUUUUUUUGUUGUUGCAUUUUUCACACACAAACGGCACUUUUACUGAUGAUAUAAUUGUUGUGAUAUGUUUUCCUGUUUUGAAACCCUAAUAUUUGUGUUCAGCAAAGUCUCCUGAGUAUAACAGUAUGUUACAGGGUCAAAUAUUUUUACAUUGAAAAUGGCCAGGUUGGUUACGUUGCCUUUUGAGAACAUAUGGUAGCCCAGGAAUGAGAAUUACCCCCAUUAUGGAAUACCAUUUGCAAAAGACAACCCAAGGUAUUGCAAAUGGGGUAUGUCCAGUCUUUUGUAGUAGCCACUUAGUCACAAACACUGGCCAAAAUUAGCGUUCAAUUUAGUUUACUUUUUUCACACACAAGCAAAUAUGAACGCUAAUUUUGGCCAGUGUUUGCGACUAAGUGGCUACUAAAGUCUGGACAUACCCCAUAUUGAAUACCCUGGGUUGUCUAAUUUAAAAAAAUAAAAUAAAAAAAUAAAUGUACAUGUGGGGUGUUAUUCAUAGAUUUAUGACAGAUAAUAGUGUUACAAUGUCACUAUUGAUAAAUUUUAAAAAUGUAUGUUUUGAAACCGCUAUAUCCUACUUGUACUUAUAGCCCUAUAACUCGCAAAAAAGCAUGUAAACACUGGGUAUUUUGAAACUCCGAACAACAUUUUGAAUCUAUUUAGCAGGUUUUUUUUCAUUCUCUUUUGUAGAUGAGUAAAAAAAAAUUUUCAAGUAAAAGUCAAAAAAAGUGUUUUCAAUAUGUUUUAUUUUUAUUAAAUUACAUGAGAUUAUAUAAAUGUUAUGUAAAGAAAGCCCUUUUUGUCCUUAAAAAAAAAAAAAAAUAUAUAAUAUAUAUAUCUAUAUCUCUAUCACACACACACAAAAAGGGCUUUCUUAUUAUACAGACACUAGAGGCGCUUGCGUGCUUCUCACUGUGAUUUUCACAGUGAGAGCACGCCAGCGUCCAUAGGAAAGCAUUAUGAAUGCUUUCCUAUGUGACCGGCUGAAUGCGUGCACAGCUCUUGCCGCGCGUGCGCAUACAGCCGACGGGAGGAGAAGAGGAGGAUCGGAGGAGGAGAGCUCUCCGCCCAGCGGUGGAAAAAGGUAAGUUUUACCCCUUUCCAGAGCCGGGCGGGAGGGGGUCCCUGAGGGUGGGGGCACCCUCAGGGCACUAUAGUGCCAGGAAAACGAGUAUGUUUUCCUGGCACUAUAGUAGUCCUUUAAGCUAGUUAUUUUUGUGACUAUGGUGUCACUGAUUUUGUAAACGUGAGAGAAACAGUGUAGAUUGUUUACAGUUUAUUUCAUUUUCAAAUAUACUCCUUGCAGAUGAGUAGAUAGAAGUUUAGUUGGAUUCCUGUUCCCCUCAUUGGAGGAGAAUGGGUACACCCCUGCAAACUCAUAUGAUUAAUUGCUCCCAACCCAGUACUCUUGCGAUUCCCAACCCAGUAUGCAAGACACACUAACAUUCUAGGUUUUGCCAGUAUUAUCAUUGGAAAUCUAUUAAAGAAUGAAAGAAUGGGGAAAGGGAGGGACUGUGCCACUUUCAUUAUAGUCAUCUAGAGUGUAGACCAGAACACACGAUUUACAUGCCACAUUGACAUUAACCUUUUUCAAGUAAUAGUAGUAAUUUAAUAUUUUUAUUAGUGAUCUUGCAGAAGGUCUUGAUGGUAAGGUAUGUCUUUUUGCUGAUGAUACUAAGAUAUGUAACAGGGUUGAUGUUCCAGGAGGGAUAAGCCAAAUGACAAAUGAUUUAGGUGAACUAGAAAAAUGGUCAGAAUUGUGGCAACUGACCUUUAAUGUGGAUAAGUGCAAGAUAAUGCAUCUUGGACGUAAAAACCCAAGGGCAGAGUACAGAAUAUUUGAUUGAGUCCUAACCUCAACAUCCGAGGAAAGGGAUUUAGAGGUGAUUGUCUGCCUACCUUUAAGUCAUCAGAAAUAAUGUAAUAGAGCAGCAGGAAAUGCUAGCAGAAUGCUUGGUUGUAUAGGGAGAGGUAUUAGCAGUAGAAAGAGGGAAGUGCUCAUGCCAUUGUAGAGAACACUGGUGAGACCUCACUUGGAGUAUUCUACACAGUACUGGAGACCAUAUCUUCAGAAGGAUAUUGAUACCUUAGAGAGGGUUCAGAGAAUGGCUACUAAACUGGUUCAUGGCUUGCGGGAUAAAACUUACCAGGAAAGGUUAAAGGAUCUUAACAUGUAUAGCUUGGAGGAAAGACGAGACAGGGGGGAUAUGAUAGAAAUAUUUAAAUACAUAAAUGGAAUCAACACAGUAAAGGAGAAGACUAUAUUUAAAAGAAGAAAAACUACCACAACAAGAGGACAUGGUCUUAAAUUAGAGGGACAAAGGUUUAAAAAUAUCAGGAAGUAUUACUUUACUGAGAGGGUAGUGGAUGCAUGGAAUAGCCUUCCAGCUGAAGUGGUAGAGGUUAACACAGUAAAGGAGUUUAAGCAUGCGUGGGAUAGGCAUAAGGCUGUCCUAACUAUAAGAUAAGGCCAGGGACUAAUGAAAGUACUUGGGCAGAUUAGAUGGGCCGAAUGGUUAUUAUCUGCCGUCACAUUCUAUGUUUCUAUUUAAUGCAUAUGGGGGGAUCACAUGAGAAAAUUCCAUCCUAAAAUAUUAACAGACAAAACAAUGUGCUUGGAGUACUACUAAAUCCACAUUAAAGGAUUAAUCCACGCACUGUGACCACUUCAGCAAUUUGUAGUGGUCAUGUUGCUUGGAGUCUGUUUUUGAAACAUUUUUGCUUUGAAACUCUGCACGUACAGAGUUUGUCAGAGGUGUAAUUCCCCCUACGGCAGUGUCACUGGGGCAUCACAAGCAGAGCAUGUCAUUCAGUGCUCUCAGCCAAAGAAUGGCAAUGGGAUCAUGCUGACUUUGUAGCCCAAGCAAAGCCAGAUGUUCAUCCAGCACCAGUAGAGGUGUGGAUCCAGGUAAGCGGGUAAACUGUUGUAAUAUUGCCUCAUUACUGGCGAAAUGGUACUGGGGUAUUUCUGGCAUUAUAACCACUACAGCAGGCUGUAGUGGUUAUGAUGCUUCAGUUAUCCCUUUUAAGGCACUUUCUGGCUCCUGGGCAAAAAUAUUAAAGUUGCUUUCUGUAAGUCAGUCCACGACUAGUCUGCACAACUGUAAACUCCAUAAACACACCAUACACUAUCAUGCUACUCUUGUUGGUGGUAUGCAAUAUAACCCAUUUAGACAAAUUUUCAAGAUGAUUAUAUCCUGGACUAGUUCUGUAAACUUUCAACAAGUGAUGAUCUAUUAAUAAUUCCAUCUGGCAUAGUUGGUUAUGCAAAACUUGUUUUACCAGACACAACAAUGAAGCUGAGUAAAUUACCAAUACCUUGUGGUUUUUUUUUUGUUUUUUUUUAUUAUUAUUUUUUUAUGGUGAAUUGAAGUCUUAUAAUGUCUUUGUUUUGUCCAUACAGAGACUUCCUCACACAUGAGAAAGAUAUGGAAAAGGUGUUAACUCGAGCUUUCCUAGAAAUAGACAAGGCGUUUUCCAGACAUGCUCACCUCUCUGUUGAUGGUAGGUUGACACGUGUUGAGUUUUUGAGGGUUUGUCUGUUUUUAUUUUAAGAUUUCAAUCAUUUUCCUCAAUGUACCUAUCCACAGAUAAAGGUGAAUGCUAUAUACGGGUUAGAAUUCUUGUACUGUAAUAAUUUAAUUGAUGAUGCCCUUAAUGGGCUUUCAAAUUCAGAAAGCUAUGUUCAGAUGAAAGUAGUGCAGAUCUCUUACUUCUAUGUUAUUUUAAACUCUACAUUCAGAAUGUGUAUAUAAUGCCUGGAAUCAAAAUACAAAGGGUAUUUGGUACAUACCAAGCCACUUUUUAAUAAUGUUUAAUUAAAAUGAUACAUUUUAUAACUGCACAUUUCAAGAAGUCCUUUAUCUAAUAGCCUGAGAGAAGCAAUAAAUUAACACCUAAUCAGGAAAUGCUUCUAAUAUUAUGUAAACGUUUGAACAUUUGCCCUUACAGGAUAGGCAUGCAGUGCAAGAGAAGAAUGCCAUUGGUUCAUGUGGAAUGUGACUGGCUGUAACAUUAAUCAUCUGAGCUGUCAAGCUCUAGUGUGUACAUCAAACCCAGUUUUAUUUAUAAAGUCUCCAAAGGCCUUGCAUUCCAUAAAUUAGUCUUAACAGUUGCAUAUGAAUGAUAAGUUGAAGAUCUGGUUUAUGGGUUUGAUGUUUGCUAUUUUCUAAAAACAUUAAGAGCUAUACCAGGAGUUGCACAUUAUAAUGCAAUUGCACACCUGAUUUAAACACAAGGCUUACCAUGUGUGUUAAAACCGUAUCAAUCUGGAGAAACUGAAAUGAAUGAACCAUAUUGCACUAGUACAUAUUGCGCUUUCCUUGAUUUUAAUAUAUAUAAUUUUAUAGAGGGGAGCUUGGCUUUUCAGAUCUAGUCUAAUGUUCGAUUCCCAGGCCUGAAUCGAUCACCUUGCUCUUACAAGAUAAGUCCUCGGUUGUUUGGUUCAGCUGUUAUGUUUACAUCCACCUAUAUUGUUUGCCCUCUUAAACAUGAUAUAUGUAUGUUGCCCUUUUCAUGGCUGUCCUUUAAACCUGCAGAGGGAUAAAUAUAGAAGGCUUUUUAAAUUAUUCAUGUUUUCUAGAAAGCAUGGACAAAACUGUUCUGAAACAAAGCCGUGCUUGGGUAAUGGUUUCAUACAAGCUGUCGGCUGUUUAGUGAAUUAGUGCAACGACUUCUGGCAUAGACCUUAAUCCAAUAUACUAUAAGAAAAUCAAUGGUGUGAGUUUUAAAUGACCCCUAAUGCAGUUUAACAAGUACUCAUACAGUGGCUCUUUUUAUUUUUUUUAUUAUUAAUUAAAUGUGUACCUUGCAACACUGAGGAAAUAAAAAAAGCUGCAAUUAGUUUGAACUAAAAAAAACAAACAAAAUUAUGCCAAACUUGUAUUGUGUUUUAAAGGCCAUAAAGCAAUGACUCAAAUCCCCCCUCCCCCUUUCUAUAUUUGAAUACAUUUACAUAGAAAGCACUUUAUCGGCCUUAAAUGGGCGACUAAACAUGCAGGAUACAAAUAUCGCCCUACUCAUUUUAACGUUGAUUUGUGAAAAGCAAGUUUCCAACAGGUUUAAAACCAUCUGCUACGCGACAGAUUAAAAUUACUAUUCCUCUAACAUACUCUAGACACAGAGUAGUUGAACAGCUCUUUUGUUGCCCUCAGUGUUGCAGGUUUUUUUUUGUCUGACGAAACCUACUGGGUGAAUUUCCUAUUUGCCUCUGUGUGCGUGUUAUUUGUGGCAGAGACUGCACCUGGUCAGCAGCUCUAGAACUGGAGGCCCCGGACGCUAAAUGCUGGGCUUCAGUGGAAAGAGAGAUCUGCUAAAUUUUGUCCCAGGUGAAGGAGUCUGGCGGUUCCUAGCCUGGACCACAGGAAGGCCCCAACAUCCACUUUGUCACAUUAGUUGAGAUGAACAUGAAGUAAAAAAAUGUCCAGUGAGUGUUAAGAUAUCUUGAAAGAUAUUAGUAUUUGUUUGUGUCUUUUUUUUAUUUAUUUAUUUUUUUGUUUUGUCCUUUUUAUGUUUAGUGUUGUUGAAAGGAAGAAAAUGACAAACUAUAUAGAUUUUUAUUUCUUCUGCAUCGCAACAAACUAGGCACACAUAAAAAUAGUAUAGUUGUCACUUAAAGCUACACUUCCUUGAUUUUGGAACAAUUUCAAAUAUGUAAUUUUAGAAGAUAAGGUACCUUAUCUUACAAUGCUAGCCUGCUGACUUGGAACAGGCAUUACAUUUGUUUCUAGAAGGAAUCCCUUGGCAAAGAUGACUUUGUGUGGUUGGAAAUUUGAACUGUAUAAUAAACUGUAAAUCUUUGUAUUUUUACCAACCACAAACCUUUCUAAAUUAAAUUAACCUAUUUAGAAGAAUUAUUUAAAGGCUAAAACUAUAUCCUGGUUUAAGACAGUCUGCAAUUUAAAUAAAAUAUAUUCAAUGAAAUUGAAUGAAUGGGUUUUAUGACUGUGUAAAUUUACCUGGUAUAGAAAGUUCCAAAAUCAAUGAGCUGAUUACUUCGAUUUAAUUUGGGGUGGGAGUGUCUUGUUUUAGAUUAUCUUCAUUUUUUUUUUUCUUCAUAUUUUUAAUUUUGAGUUAUAUUUAUGUAUUUUUCUUUGGCAUAAAAUAUGCAUUUAAACUAAAGCAGGUAUGUUACUGUCUUUAAUAUUUUAAUGAUCUGAUGAUUCUUACUAGAAACAGAAAUGGGAUUGCAAUGUCUUCGAAACCAUUUUUUAAUUUUUUUUUUCAAGAUCAUACAUAGACAUGAACCCAGUAAAUAUUGUUCCUACUUCUUAUGAAGACGUUUAAACCAGCCCAGUUCCUUUAUUUUGCACCUCCUUUCUACUUCAUCAGACCUUGUGAUUAAUAUUUCUAAAUCUACUGCCAGGUUGAAUGCAAGAACCAAAAUUUUUACAGGUGUCCCUUUUCACCAGAUUUACGUUGCAGUAGCAAUACCUGCUUUAAAUCCGCUUAAUAUUGAAUUCAUACAUGCUGGGCUUUUUAAUCCCUAAUCCAUACUAAUCUACAAAACCUUUACUGCACAACAUGGAUCAAUACAUAGUGCUAGAUGCAUACCUUGUUAGUUAUGUUAACUCUGUUUAUAAGACAAUGUUUCUUCUGACUCCAUGCAGCUAAAUGUAAAGUUUUCUAAAACCUGCUUCAUCCUCUUAAUAUACUGUAUACUUUUUAAUUGAAUCAGUAUCCUUUCUACACUCUGCCUGUGGGCAUAUCAAUUAAAGGAGCUUUGGAUAUUUAAUUAUAUAGAAGGAUCCUGAAUACUUACUAGACUGCUUUUCUUUUCUCAGUGCCCUAUUCUCCAACUUUGAAAGUAGGACAUGUGCUAUCAAGCUCUUCAAUUUCAUGCUUUUUGUCUUUAAGAGAGCAGUAUUCGCUGUCCUAUAUCACAGGUCCAUUUUACAGCAUAUGAGGGUAUCCCUGAAUAGAGUAUACCUGUGAAAAAGAUUCUUAACCCUCGAACACAGUAUUUUUUAUUUUUUUUUUGUAGCACGAAUUAAAAUAGUUAUUCUACUGGCGAAUUACCUUUAAGCCAUUUUACAACUUCUUAUGGCGCUGUUAAUUCUUCGUUUGUUUAACUUACUCUACUCUAUAAAACCAAAAUUUUACAGAAGUUGGUAAACUGAUUCCAGACAAUCAUGUUUGUAUUUAUAUAAAAAAACUUUGUAUUAAGCCAUGUUGUUGCAUUUUGCAUUACAUAUAUAUUUUAAUUUUUUUAUGCAUGCUGCUUUUUUCUUUCAUAUUCAUACUAACACAUAGAUUUAGGUGAACAAAUAACCUUGAUAAUUUAUUAUAAUGAAUAGAAGUUGUUGUCUUUAUUUUUUUUAUAGAUCUAUUUUAUUUUUUAAAAAUAUUAAUAACGCUCUUCUAAUAUUUUAGCAUCGCUUAUGAACUGUGGGACCACUGCAACAGUGGCCUUGUUACGUGAUGGCAUUGAGUUAGUUGUGGCAAGUGUUGGUGAUAGCCGAGCGUUGUUAUGUCGGAAAGGAAAACCUGUGAAGCUUACUAUUGACCAUACACCUGACCGAAAGGAAGAAAAACAAAGGUAGUACUGUAUGUGUUUUAUAACAUUUCAAAUCUGCAUUUCUUGCACUGGAAAGAAAAAAAAAUUUGACACACUCAUUCUAAAUUUUAUUUUAUAUAUUGGGGACAUGCCUGAAAACCCAGGCAGAAAUACCAGCGUAUUUAAUUAGCAAGCUCUAUAUUUCACCCUGUAACUUUCCAAACACCCAUAAAAUAUUUACAUAGGGCUACUGUUGUACUUGCGAGACUUGUUUGUUUUAGUGCAGUAAAACAUAUGACUAGAAUAUAAUUAGUGAAAGGGUGUGGGGUUUUUUUUUUGUAGUGAAAAAUAGGUCGGGGGGUGGGUGAGGGCAAAUGGUCACAAACACUGGCCAAAGUUAGUGUUCAUAAGGGACUACAAAAAAAGACUGGACAUACCCCAUUUUGAAUACCCUGGGUUGUGUACUUUUGCAAAUGGUAUGUCAUGAUGAGGGUAAUUUUCAUUCCUUGUCUGCCAUACGGUCUCAAAGGCAACAUAACCAAUCUGGCAAAUUUCAAUGUGUAAAAAUCUGAAAUGGCCCUAUCAUGGACGCUGGUAAAAGGUCAAGCUGAACUUAACAUGUCUCGAACAUCCUAAACAUGAUUACUAUGUUUAAGGACCUGGAGAUAUGGAGCGUGAUAAUUAUUCAUAUGGCUUCAUUACAAUCCAUAGCUGUUUAAAAAAAACACACACAAAAAAAAAAACACCAUAAAUUAUCCCGAAAAGGCAUAUAUCCUCUAAGAACUGGUCUUGUAUGGCCCAUGACGCAUUAUGGCACAUAAACAAAGAAACAGGGCUUGCCACUGACAAUGGAGUCCUGGAGAAUAAGCUAUGGUGUGUGGUUUAGUUUACCCACCAUCACAUACCACAUGUAGAAGCUAGCAGGAGCCUUCUUCUUGUUUUGCACUGUUGUGAUAGCAAGUAACUUAUUGGCAUUGCUACUACCUGAGGCCUUGGAAUUUUAGCCUAGCGUUACAGAUCUAAAUUUAUGCAUGUUAUGUUUGGAUUUUUAUUCCAUCUUUAUGUUCUUUUGAAGGAUCAGGGAAAGUGGUGGCUUUAUUGCGUGGAAUAGCUUGGGACAGCCCCAUGUGAACGGCAGGCUUGCAAUGACACGCAGCAUCGGAGACUUGGAUCUCAAAUCAAAGGGUGUUAUUGCUGAUCCAGAAACAAAGCGGGUGAAGGUAAGAACCUCCUUAGUUUUCUAUUUCUUAUAGAACAUAUUUGGACAUAUUGGCAGAGAACACAACUUCAAACCCGCUUUGCGGUGAUAAUAAAAUUGUUAAAUAGUUACUAAAAAAACUGGAUCUCUCUUCCAAUGAUUACAUUCCAUUAAACAACUCCGUUUCAAUUGGCUCCUCUGUUCUGUAGGUCUCAGGCUAUUUUUACUCUGUGUGCCUAUUGAGUGGAAAUUAUGGUCACGAGUGAAUGACUAGCUGUGACCUUGCAUUUUAAAUGAUGACAUGGAAAGGUUGAAUAUACAACUGAAUUUUCGUGUCUUAAACAACUGAUUUCACAGCUUAAGGAAGUCUUAUCUGUCAUUAAAGAGUUUGUGUAAAGAAACCAUUCCCUUUAUCCUAGGAAACUUUUAUUAUAAAAAAAGCGUGUUUUUAUAUAUAAAUAUGAAACUGUUCUAAUCCUUCUCUUUACAUUCAAUGUAAUCUUUAAUUUAAGACAAAUUCAUUUUGUAUUUAAUGGUUUGUUGCAUCCCAAAAGAAUAAAUAAAAAUAUCGUAUUUUUAUUUUUUUGUAAAAAGUUUCCAAUUAUCACUUAAAAAAAAACUUUGAUAGUCACGUCGUACGCAUAACAUACAGUAUACAUUGCAAUUGGUGUAGAUUUCAGAAAAAUCGUCAAUAAACCGUGAAUCAUAUUAGAUGCUUCUUAUUUCUCAGUUACAUUACAGCCAAUCAAGUUCUCAAGACAUGUCACAUUUUUAGAUAAUAAACCAUAACAUGAGUCUAAUAACCAGGUUAUUCUUAGGUUUUGUUGUCGCGUACAUUUUCGCAUGUAGUCAUUCGUCAGUGUACUUUCCCAGUUAGUUAAUUCCUGGGAUGAGUAAAGAAUAGAAUAGGAGAAUAGAGCAGGACGAGAAAAAAGGGUUGGGUGCGGUGUAAGGGGUUUUAGAGAAGUCGCCCGGUUGCUAGAUUAUGCCCACUCUCUCUGGAGCGCAAUGCUGACCCAAUCUGAGUUUGAUCCCUGAGUGGGUGCCUUUCCAGGAUUUGGGGUCAAGGGAUGUGAAGGCCAGUCUUAUCUGUCGUAUUCUUAUUUGGCUGUUACGUUUGCUAGGUCGCUAUUAUUCCAUGGUUCCCACAGUUUUUCAAACUUGGUCAAUUAUCACUUCUAAGAUAAAAGUUUAAAAAAAUAUAUUGAUAUUUAACGUGUGUAGUUGUUUAAUACAUUCCUAUGUUUCUAGUUACAUCAUGCGAAUGAUGGAUUUUUAGUAUUAACAACCGAUGGCAUCAACUUCAUCGUCAACAGUCAGGAGAUCUGUGACAUCAUUAAUCAGUGCCAUGAUCCUAUUGAAGCUGCCCAAGUGCUUGCUGAACAGGUAAGCAGUUUCCUAUAAUCUUUUUAACCCCUUAACGCCGGAUGACGACCUGGUCCGUCAUGCGCUAAAAUUAACCCCUGAUCGCGGUGUUAAUGCUCCUUAAACCGCAAAAAUGGCUUGUGUCCUUAAGGGUAAGUUCCGUUUUUGAAGCUGCGUCCUUAAGGGGUUAAAGGAGCACUAUACUGUCAGGUACACAAACCUAUAUUUCUGACCCUAUAGUGUUAAAACUCCCAUCUAGUCCCCUUGGACUGCUCUUGCCUCACUAAAUAUAGUAAAAUCUUAUUUGUAUUCAAGCCUGAAGCUGCUGGCUCUGCCCUGUCUGCCUCAGAACAGCAAGCUACCUGCUGACAUCAGAAGUGUUGACAAUGCUUCCCCAUAGGAUUGACUGAGACUGAAGGAGGCAGAUCAGGGACAGAGCCAGCACAAUUCAAACACAGCCCUGGCCAAUCAGCAUGCAGAGGGAGAAGAUACUGAAUGUUGUGAUUCAAUCUAGGCAAGACUGGGAUAGGAAGCAGCUCUAGCAGCCAUCUAAGGAGUGGCCAGUAACAUUAUCACAAGGCUGUAAUCUUCUCUGAAAAGACAGUGUUUACUGCAAAAACACUCACCAGAACAAAUGCAAUAAGCUGUGGUUAUUCUGGUGACUAUAAUGUCCCUUUUAAAUAUAUUUUGAGUAUUACAACUGCUAGUGUUACAUUAUCUCUCCCUUAUAGCUAGAUUUAUGUCUGUCUUGUACACAGGCUAUUCAGUUUGGAGCAGAAGAUAACAGCACAGCUAUUGUUGUCCCGUUUGGAGCCUGGGGAAAGCACAAGAACUCUGAAGUCAGUUUUUCAUUCAGCCGAGGCUUUGCAUCAAGUGGACGGUGGGCAUGA